ACCCGUGUUAUUUCGCCACUUACUUAAAUACGACACCGUAACCUCCUUCCGAAAACCCUCUACUACUGCCGGGCCGGAAGGAGAAAAUCAAAACCCUAGGGAGAGAGAUACAGUAGAGAGUGAGAAUGUCGUCGACGCUGCUGGAGGUGACGCGUGCAUCUCACGAAGAGGUGGAGCGGCUUGAAAGGCUAAUCGUAAAGGACCUCCAGAACGAGCCGCCGACCAACAAGGACCGGCUCCACCAGAGCCACCGCGUUCGUAACAUGAUAGAGCAAAUCACCUCCUCGACUAACAAACUCAUUGAAAUAUAUGAAGAUAAAGACGGUGCCAGGAAGGAUGAGAUUGCGGCUCUUGGAGGCCAGACAGCCACGGGAACCAACGUUUUUAGUGCAUUUUAUGAUAGAUUAAAAGAGAUUCGUGAGUAUCAUAGACGACAUCCAGCUGCACGGGUUCUUGAUGCCAAUGACGAGUAUGAACAACUUCUUAAAGAGGAACCGCAAAUUGAGUUCAGCGGGGAGGAAGCUGUUGGACGAUACCUUGAUUUGCACGAAUUAUUCAAUGACUAUAUCAACUCUAAAUUUGGGGAGAAGAUUGAGUACUCCGCUUAUCUUAAUGUGUUCUCGCAACCAGAGAAGAUUUCUCGCAAAUUGAAGCUAACGAGGCAAUACCAGGAAUAUAUGCAGAAAUUACUGGAGUAUCUGAUAUACUUUUUUGAGCGGACAGAGCCUCUGCAAGAUCUUGACAGAAUAUUCUCGAAGGUAAUUACAGAAUUUGAAGAGCAGUGGACAAAUGGAAAGGUUGAAGGAUGGGAAAAUGAGGGUCAAGAAAAUGUUAAUAUUCCAGCAGAGCAUUCUGCUAUUGAUCUUGAUUAUUAUACUACUGUUGAAGAACUGGUGGAGGUAGGGCCUGAGAGGCUAAAAGAGGCAUUGGCUGCACUAGGUUUGAAGACAGGCGGUACCCUUCAACAGCGUGCAGAGAGGCUUUAUCUUACAAAGCAUACACCUCUUGAGAAGUUGGAUAGGAAACAUUUUGCCAAAGGCUCUCAUGGUCCGCAACAAAAUGGUAAUGCUCUAACUCCACAACCAAGUGCAGAUGCAAAAGAGAUUGCCCUGAUUGAAGCCAAAGUUAAAAGGUUAUGUGACUUGUUGCAAGAGAUAAUUGUCCGAACAAAAGAAAACGUCGAGAAGAAACAGGCGUUGACAUACGAGGAAAUGGAAGCAGAACGUGAUGAGGAAGAUGUACAAGCUGAAUCUGAGAGUGAUGAUGAUGAGCAGCAGAUAUAUAAUCCCCUGAAAUUGCCCAUGGGGUGGGAUGGGAAGCCUAUCCCCUACUGGUUAUAUAAGCUUCAUGGGCUUGGGCAGGAGUUCAAAUGUGAGAUUUGUGGAAACCAUAGUUAUUGGGGCCGGAGGGCUUACGAGAGACAUUUCAAGGAAUGGAGACAUCAGCAUGGAAUGCGAUGUCUUGGUAUUCCAAAUACCAAGAACUUCAAUGAAAUAACAUCUAUUGAGGAAGCAAAGCAACUGUGGGAGAGAAUCCAAGAACGGCAAGGGCUGAAUAAAUGGCGACCUGAUCUUGAAGAAGAAUAUGAAGACCAAGAGGGCAACAUCUACAAUAAAAAGACGUACAGCGAUUUGCAACGCCAGGGUUUGAUUUAAAAUAAACAGUUCCACUGUAUUCCUUCAUUAUUUCCUGAAUUUUAUGGGCACUAGAUCUAUUGCUCUACAGCCAUCAGUCUUGACAUACAGAGGACCUAAUCUUUUGUGGCAUGUAAUUCGGAGUAGAAAAAGAAGGAAGCUUUAUAAAGAUUAUAGCAAGGAACGACCUAAUAUGCAUGAUGUAUCUUUUAUGUGAAAAGGGGAAACGCAGGCUUGUUUAAUUCCUUAUGAGAUGCGUACUUAUUUUAGAUUUUGUAAUUGAAACAUUUUUCUUAAAUUUUCGUCAAAGAGACCUUCCGUUAUAACAUUGUAAUCCCAAAAUUGCAAUUUUCUGUUUUCCUUUUUGAGUCUC